GCCGUACUGUGAAAACGAGUCCUGAAUUUCCAUGAAUGUCACGACAAACAUGACAAACCUAGAGGUAUUUUUGGUGGAUCAAUAGCUGAAAAUGUGAGGUAUAUGUUGCGUAUAACAUUACGCACAUUUUACUACGGUGUAUACUAAAUGUAUUAUAAGUUGGUGGACAGGAAACCAUAAUAAUGACUGCGAAACACGUUGGGGGUGGAGCUCAGAUGAGCGACGCUUUCAUUGAGAAAACGGCGAAGGAAAAGGCCAGACUGGUGCAUAAGCUCUCCAAUCAAUUGAAAACGGACAUGGCACGGUUAUUGGAAGAUACUGAAAAUGCUGAUAUAAUACUUGUAUGUGGUGGUGAACAUCUACUGUCACAUAAGAUAAUGUUAGAAAGCAGAGUUCCUGAAUUUUAUAAUUACUUUAUUGGUGAUCAGUGUACAGCUAAGAAGAUCAUGAUGCACUGUGUCUUGUUAGAUGACCUCAAAGCUUUCCUCAGAGAUAUAUAUACUCUAAAUGAAAUAAUCACAUGGAGGGACACAAUAAAGGAGUGGAUCAAGAAACAACAGCUUGCAAACACCCACGUUGCUGCAGACACGGAAGAUAUGGAUGUAACGCUACUUACUAAUGGCAGAGAUGCAGAUGUACAAAUGAUUUCCCAGGAAAUGGAUGCUGUGCCAGAUGAUGAAGUUGCUAUGGCAACCACAGAGGACUGCAACGGUAAUGAAUCGGGGGCAUUUGGGGAAGCAGUUGCCAUGGCUGUGGAUGUGAACUCAGAUGUACAGCUUGAAAGUGGGGAAAAAGUUGCUUCAAUGGAGGUUGGAUUUCAAGAGACAGAAGAGAGAUUUGUGAAUGGCAAGGUUGCCACAGAGAUCAUUGUACCAGCAGAGUACCUAGAGGCUAAUAUGCCAGAAGCAACGUGUGAUCUUGCCAGGGAUUUACUAAGAAUGUUUGUGAAGCAGAAAGCCACUGAUAUAGGUCUAAGAGUACAGGGUAGGCUGAUUAAAGCACACAGGUUUGUUCUAUGCUGUAGAUCAGUUUAUUUUACUGCCAUGCUGUGUGGUGGCUGGGCUGAAAGCACCGCUGAAGAAAUUUACCUUCAUGAUGUAAGUUGUUCAACAGCACUGGCUGCCUUGUACUAUGUUUAUGGUGGUGUUAUGGAACAUCCAAAUGAUGCAAAUAUAGGUGAAUUAGUUCAGAUGUCAGAUAUGUAUGGUUUGGACGGAUUAAAAGAUAAUGCUGCAUUUAUUCUUAGAAGGGAUAAAUGCCACUUUUUUCACAAGCCAUGUAAUAUUUGUAUAACAGGGGUACCAGAAUGUCUGGCAUUAAGCACAGCUUAUGGAUUACAUGUCAUAUCAGAAAACUGCCUUAGGUGGAUUACCAAGCAUUUGGAUAAAGUUUGGAGUACAAAAACAUUUGCAGUUCAAUCUGAGGAGGUUUUACAGCAUAGUUUUGGAUAUGCUACAAGUAGCCUAGGAUUGGAUAAUGCAGUUGCCAUGGCAAUGCAGUGUGAUAAGCUUCUAACCAGUCUUCCACAUGUGAAAUGGGUGGAACCUGUUCGUUGCUUAGCAACUAACUUGCACACAACAUGCCUGGAUUAUUUAGUGAAGAAUUUUUGGGAGGUCGUAGACCAUCCCACCUUUGCUAUACUCUUGUCCGCAUCAUCUUGGAGCCAUGGUUUGAUAGAAGAUCUGUUUAAUACUAUAGUACAGAAUCUGACAGUUGACAAUGGGUGUCGCAUGUUUGUAGCUGCUAAUAGGCUCAAAGGUCAAUCUAAAUUUCAAGACUGGAAUCAGGAUAUAUUGAAUCUGGUGAAUAGUUUACAUGAUGGUACCAGGGCUUACAUGGUGAAUAAUGUCAACUUUUUGCUACACACCAAAGACUGGCAACUGAUACCGGAAUCACUGCAGAAUAACAUAAAACAAGAUGCAUUAUUCGUUGAUGAUACUAAGAAGAGUACCAUCCCUAAACCAACAUUAUCAAGUUCACUAAUGGGUCCUGGUAGAACUGGUAUACCAGGUAUAAAAAGACCCAGUAGAUUACCAACCACAUUACGAAGUAUAAAGGAUAAGACAAGUAAAAUCACAAUAGCAGAUAGGCCUAAAACUGCACCACCAGCUGUGAGGGAGUCUAGGCCUCAGAGCCCUGCUGUUGAUAAGAGAACUAAGGAAAAGCGGAACCUUCAACAACCUCGACCAUCUGCUUCAAGUAAGGUUGAAACAAAGCAAGACAAGAAGAGUACAGCAAUGGAGACACGGUCUCUAACUAGACAGGCCUCAAGGCCCUCUAGUUUGCCGACAAAAACAAUGACAGUUAAACCUAUUGAGGAAAAAACAAAACAGACUACACAAACAGCAAGGCAGCAAAGUCGGAGACCUGCCAGUGCGAGUCCAACAGUUCAAAGGUCACAAAGAACCACAACCACUGCCAUUAGAAGUCCAUUGAGCCCUCAUAUGCAGAGGACAACAAGAGAUGCUUUCAAGACUCCACUCACACUUCCGGUACAGAAAUCAGCUCGCCCAUCACCAGUUGUAAAAAGUCCCAUGCUAAGCCCAACAGAACCAUUACAAAAUAGGAUACCUUCAAAAACAGCCACUUGGCCACGAGCAAGUACUGCAAAGGCUCGAUCUAAAAAUAACUCUCAAAAUUCUAAAACAGAUAAACUAAUCAAAAGUAACCAAAAAAGUAUGGAUACUAUUUCAACAACAAAGCCUAAGACACCUGUGAGUCAACGUCGUUCUACUGAUAAUACAUCACUGUUAAUUAGCCCACAAAAGGAACGUAGCUUUGGUUUUGGUUUUAAAGCAAGUCAAGAGAAAGAAAGGACACAGUUAAGCAGUCCUCAAAAGGAACACAGUUUUGGUUUUAAGGCAACUCAAGAGAAAGAAGGAAAGUUCAAAAGUCCAGCAGUGCAAUAUUCAUCUUCUGGGGCUCGGCCCAAAAUACCUUCAAGUCCUAGAAAUUACGGAAGGAAAUUGGCUGGUUUGAAAUCUCCCAAUAGAGUUAAUGAGCAGCCGAUGGAGGUGGAGGUGAGCAGCCAAGCUGUUUGUGAGAAAACAUCUUACGACAUGUCUGAGGACAUCAUGCAGUCUCCAUGGAGAGAUGAAACUGAGCCUGAAAUGCAGCUGUCUCGAGAGAGUUCUGUUUACAGCAGUGUGAGUGAACAGUCCUCACAGGAGUUACCACUCAGACAUGUGUCUCCUCAACGUCAAUUGUGCUCUCCUGGACAAUCGGCUUCAUCACUUGACAGUAGUGAAACCCCGGCAAAAAUCAAGAAAAGCGGUUCAUGGAGGAGAUAUACGACAGACAGUGAGGUGUCAGUAACUGAAAAUAUAACUGCAUGGAGGAAAAUUAAUCAAGAAACUGAACAAAAAUCAGUACACGGUGUGUCUGAGGUAUGUGAGUCGAGUAAUGCAAGUUCUCCUGGAUCAACACCUGGUUCUCCAAAUCGAAGACUUGGUGCACGUCCCAAGGUGAGAUGCGGCAUUCCUCGGCCAAUUAAGUCACCAAGUCCUACCCUGGCAAAUAAAAUGUACACUUCUCCUGCAGAAUCUAAUAUUCCGACUAAAACAUUUCUUAGAAACUGA